UCUACCUAAGCAGCGUGCGCUCCGGCUCAAAAGAACAGAUCAUGGAAAAUAAAUCACGCUGAUCCCAAUGAAAAGCAAUGUAGAAAGCAAAGCUUGAGCAGAUGACAUUUCAACUCGUUGCACUGGUCAGUGUGUUUCAGUGAGGGUCCUUGCUUGUAUAUGCCGAGCACACACCGGGUAAACUAUGCUCCUUUAAAUCCGUCUUCACGCACAGCCUUGGAAACUCUCGUGCUGCUGCUCUGCAUCACGGCUCACAAUACGUUGCUAGGCAACAAGGCAGCGCACAGAUCCCUGCAGAAAUUGUGUUAUCCUUAGAAAAAAAAAAAAUCAGAAAGACCCCCUGCUGUAAUUCCUUCACUUUUUCUUACACACGACUACAUCAUGUCUUGUGCGGCCAUGUGUCGCGUUUUAUUUUCUUUAUAUUAGGACAAAGCUGUUGCUGGUUGCUCCCUGUGACAUCAAAGGUGGCCCCGAUGUGAUCAGAAAUGCAUAAAAAUGCAUUUGAACGAACCUACUGCAUUUUAAUAGGCUGCAGGAAAGACUAGCAAUUGAAGACAUGAGAGGAAAAAACACUGCGUUCAUCUUUGAGCUGCGUGAAUUUCGGUAUUUUCGAAGAAUAGCAGAUGCUAUUUUGAUGUUCCGCUCCGUGCAUUUCUCUUAAAAUGUUCAUCUAGCAUCUCGAUGCGUUUACUUCAUUAUUAUUUGAGCGUUGAUAUCGAUAUUUACAGGGAGAUUCUUUCGAUAUGUGCGCAGAAUUGCGAUUGAUUGUUCAACUGGAAAUACAGCAAAUGGCACGUUAGGACAGUGUACCGUUUUCAGGUGGGCUCUGUAUUUAUUAAUCGACAUCACGUUUAAGAUCAAAUAGUUUGACACGCCGUCAAAAUAAGAGGACAUCUUAUAACUGCUAAGGGUUAAUGCUGCCUUCGCUGACGUCUGAGUCUCAAUUUGCCCAGUGCAUUUUUUUUUUUUUUUUUUUUCAAUGUGCAAAUUUUUCCCUUAGUGACUUUGCAAUGAGAAGAGCAAAUCUACAUCAUCAGCAGCAAUAACUAGGGAAUGCAGAUUUUUUUUCGACGUUUUCAUCUGUAACAAAAUCCUUAAAACACAAAACAGAUUGAGAGAGCGUUCCUCUCAGGAAGGAGGAGAACUGGAAUAAUGUAUCAUCUGCAGAUCUGGACUGAAAAUUGCAGCAGCACAUAUAAAUAAGAAAAAAAAGCUGCUGAUUUUUUUUUUUUUUAAUUUAUUCCAAAAUUUAUGUUUUUUUAGAUUUUUUUAUGCAUUUAAUUUUAUUUUCCUCUUUGGGGAAAAUGACUACUCUUGGUAUCAUGUCUGAAGAAUGGUCCUGUGACUUGCAAGGAUUUGCUUAGUUGGAAAAUAUUUGUUACUUACCAGAUCAUCUGGUGGGGAUUUUUUUUCCCCGAUGCGAUAUUAUUAAUUUUAUUUCUGGCCUGUUUUUUUUUAAUUUUAUUUUAUUAUUUAUUUUUCGUGGAAAGGGAGAAAAAACGUUUUUUGGUCCAAAGAAGGUGGGAUUACUGAAAUUUAAAAGGAUUUGUGGAAAUGUUGGGUCUUCAGGAAGACAAAUUAUGUGGAAUUUUCUUUGCUUUGGCAGCCCUGUCGUUUGUCUGCUUUGCACAAAGCCCCUCCGGUGGGAAUAUAUCUGUAGUGAAAAAGACAGUGGACAACUUACUCAAGGGAUAUGACAUUCGUUUACGGCCAGAUUUUGGAGGUCCUCCAGUAACAGUGGGGAUGAGCAUCAAUAUUGCCAGCAUCGAUGCAAUAUCAGAAGUAAACAUGGAUUACACGAUUACAAUGUAUUUCCAACAAAGCUGGAGAGACAAGCGCUUAGCAUAUACUGCACUUUCACUGAACCUUACAUUGGACAACCGUGUUGCUGAUCAACUGUGGCUCCCAGAUACUUACUUCCUGAAUGACAAAAAGUCAUUCCUUCAUGGAGUAACAGUGAAAAACAGAAUGAUUCGGCUUCAUCCGGAUGGAACUGUGUUGUAUGGGCUAAGAAUAACUACAACAGCAGCUUGCAUGAUGGAUCUACGAAGAUAUCCAUUGGACCAGCAGAACUGCACCCUUGAAAUUGAAAGCUAUGGCUACACUACAGAUGACAUUGUAUUUUUCUGGCAAGGAGGGGAUAGUGCUGUGACUGGAGUUGACAAGUUGGAAUUACCUCAGUUUUCAAUUGUGGAAUUGCGGCUUGUGUCCAGGGAGGUGGCUUUUGCCACAGGUUCCUAUCCCAGGUUAUCCCUUAGUUUCAGGAUAAAGAGAAAUAUUGGUUACUUCAUUCUGCAGACUUACAUGCCUUCUAUCCUGAUUACAAUCCUUUCCUGGGUUUCCUUCUGGAUUAAUUAUGAUGCCUCGGCUGCUCGUGUUGCACUUGGUGUUACAACGGUGCUCACAAUGACAACCAUCAACACCCACCUUCGGGAGACUCUCCCAAAGAUCCCCUAUGUGAAAGCCAUCGAUGUCUACCUCAUGGGCUGCUUUGUAUUUGUCUUCUUGGCCCUGCUUGAAUAUGCCUUUGUAAACUACGUUUUCUUUGGCCGGGGCCCUCAGCAGCAGAAAAAGGUGAACGAAAAACUCAGCAAGGCUAACAAUGAACGACCUCGUUACGAAGAGAAGCGACUCAGAGAACAGGAAACCAUUUCAGCGCAGUAUCAAACCAACACCAUCCGAUCAUUUUCACAGCGAAGAAAUCUGUAUCUUGAAGAACAAAGAAAAGUUGGGGUUGACCCCUACGGGAAUAUUCUUCUCACUACCUUGGAAAUGAACAAUGAAGUGAUGCCUUCUGAAGUUGCGAGCAGUGUCAGUGAUUCAAGGAAUUCGGUCAUGUCUUUUGAUAGCUCAGGAGUCCAGUUCAGGAAGCAGAUGGCCUCACGGGAUGGAUUUGGGCAUGCCACUCUUGACCGUACUGCUGCCCGAAAUCGUGCCAAUUGCCGCCUACGAAGGCGAUCUUCAAAGCUGAAGCUAAAAAUCCCUAAUCUCACUGACGUCAGCAUCAUUGACAAGUGGUCCCGGAUCAUAUUUCCUAUAACCUUUGGAUUUUUCAAUUUAAUCUAUUGGUUAUACUAUGUGAAUUGAUGGGCAUCCCCCAGGAAACUUGGGCCAUAUUUUGAGAGCACAUAAAUCUGGCUUUGAUACUACUGAAGAUAUUUAAAAUGUUAAAGACCUCACUGAUGUAAAAAGUAUUAAAAAGAAAAUGACUUGAAUGUUUAAAAGAAUUCUGAACAAAAAAAAACAAAAAAAAAAAAAACAAACAUUUCAAGCCUUUGUAUUUCUUUUCCUUCUGAAAAAAAAAAAUCCUAAACUGGUUUGGGACUCAAGACUGCAUGAUAUUUUUGCUAAAAGAAAUACGGAGUUCUUGAGAAAUGACAUUUCAAGCUGACUCAGAAUUUUUUUUCAUAAUUACCUAUUCUAAUCAGCGUGUCUGCAAGAUCACAUUAAAUCAAUGGAAUUGUUUUUGUUUUUGUUUUUGUUGUUGUUCUUUUUUUUUUUUUGGAAUCGGCUAUUCAACAUCAUAAGCAGUAUCUUCUUAAUUUUGUUAUGGGAAAACAAUGAAAUAAUGUUCAGUUUUUACUUUGACUAAUGACUUUUUGGUUUGCAUUAUGUGUACUUUUGCAGUUAUCAGCUCAUUUUCUCAUUGAACAUAGGCUCUGGCAGUGGUUCACGUUUGGUAGCCAUCUUGAGCAUUGAUAACAUAUAUAGCAUCAGAAGUCAGAGUAAAAUGUUGAUUUUCAUAUCAUCAUGUUUUGGACAAACUUUUGGGGUAUUUUAAUUUUGUCUUCAAACAUGUUCUGGGAGACUGCCACUUUCACAAGCUCUAGAGUUUUGUGCAUUGUUUAGGUAAAGAGGCACACUUGCGCAUAAUUAAUUUAUAUAGGAAAAAUACUACUUUAACAUCUACUGUAUAUUCUUUCAAUCAGUAAGUCAUAUAUUAAUUGAAUGCAUUUGCAUUAGGCUAUUAUUUGUCAGCUAGUUCCUGUAUUAUUUCUAUGAACUUGGUUAGAAGCAAUUCACCUAUUUUGUAGCGCCUCACAAGGGUCACAAUUCAUAUUUUGUCAGUUCUUGUUUCAUUGGUACUUAUAAAUAAAAAAAUGUCAGUAAAUAGAAGAUGCAGUAUUCCUUCAGCCAUAUUCAGGUGUAAUAUAUUUAUAAUCACCAGCACAGAUUUAAUUCCCUUUUUUUCAAUCAAACCCUCUGACAAUGGUUUGUGGUUUACAUCCGGUCUAAUAGUAACUUUCACUUCUCACACUAGGCAUGGCUUCAGUGCGGGAUUAGAUAUUUGCAUUGGAAAGGCAAGCAAGAUUUGCUGAGUAGAUUAAUAUGCUUCUAAUAGGAAGACAUAUAUACAAAUGACAAAUUAGUAUAUAAUUAUUCUUCUUUUACAGGGAGAAAUCCGACUUAAUAUUAAGAACUUUAUUCAUGCAUGUUCAAAAACAUACAGUAUAUAUAUAAUGGGCAAAAAUAUUAUACUCCACACAACAAGUGUUUCCAUUUGAACUUUGCAAUAAAAACGAACAAUUCAUUAACCUGUUGGGUUACUUUUUAAAUCAAUUUUCAAUGCGGAUGUUCAAAAAUUAAGAUCACCGUUGUAAUUCUGAUAUAAUUAUAAGGAUAGAUAGAUAGAUAGAUAGAUAGAUAGAUAGAUAGAUAGAU